UCUAUUCUGCCUCUUGAAGAUUUUUCCGCAAAACGCAAAAUAUUUGUAGUCAUAACUCAUAACAUAAUAUAAUACAGUAUAUGCCUAAUAGAAGUAAUAGAUGAAUAUAAGUCGUAUGUGUUUAUGUUUUGGUUAAAACUAUUUCCCCUUACUCUGGUUUUUACACGACAAGCGUCGGGAAAGCCACCAAAUAUGGAUAUUCUAAGACAAUUUCAGAACAUUUCUUGGUGUAAGCCAGACUGGUGUUUUCCGAGCAUGAGCAAGGAGACAAAUGAGCUGUUACGUCAAUGCACAGAUCCGCCCAAGCUUGAGUACUCGGAUGAUGUGGAUGAAACUAUCAAGAGGAGUAAAUCAUUCCCCAUACCCUUUCCUAUUGAAACUGUGAGACUAGAAAAGUUGAAGGUACGUCGCCCACUAGAGAAACUGAAGAGCAACAUAGCCUCCACAUAUCCCCUCAUUCACGAGCGGGUGCUGCUGUUGAUGACUCAUUUCCUCAUUUACAAGAGAGAAUUCGGCUCCAGUAUUGAGAAAGCACUGUACAACGACAUGACCGUACCAGAUCUGAUCGACAGGAUACUCAAAAAGAGGGCCAUUACUUUCAUGGGACGGCAUGACACGUAUAAACUAAUGUCAGGCGAGCAGAAUCACGAAGGCUGGGAGGCAGUGGGCACGUUACAACAGAAGCCGCCAUUGGUCCUCGAGAACUGUUUGAGCUACGAUGAGAUGAAGAUAGCUGCGUUUGUAUACGUGAGCGGAUAUACGGAGUGUAUCAAUAAUGGAAGUAGGAAGAAUCAGGGGGUUAUUAGUGAAGAGGAUGCAGAGAGUGAUGCUGUUAUUAUUGGUAUUGUCGGCCCUCGCUUUGAACGCCGGGGCCGGAUGGACUAUGAAGACAUCCUCACAACUGAACAGCAGAACUGUUUAGAGAAUGGGUACGGGGAAGAGGUAACGCCUACGACGUGCCUCAACGUUUUGAAGACGACUUAUGUACGCAACAACCAGUCUGCACGGCAUAUGUGGAGGCAGAUGUUCUCAGAGUUUUACCAGGUUCACAGCUACACCCACGAAGAGCUAACCUCCUACGUAAACAUGGAAGACAAACCCGAAGACAGACGCUACAUGGACCGCUACGUAAAAGUCCACGAUAUGAUAUUCGACAACGAAGUAUACUACAAGAGGAUCAGCGUUACAGCGGAGUGUGUUCUGCAUGAGGCUGAAGAAAGAGCAAGGGGCGCGGGGAGGGACGCGUUCGUUAAUGUUAUAGGGGCUGGUUUAGGCGUAUGGAAAGUAUCUGCCCAUCAGCCCGACGUGUAUAUUCUGAGCUUCUUAGAGAGGAUACGAUCGUUCUUAAAGAAGGACCUGUUGAACCACGUCACUGACGUCAAUUUCGCGUACAUCCAACCCAGCGCUAGUAUUUUAGCAUUAUUUACAAAUGGAAGAGAGGAGGGGAGUACAGAGAAAAGAAUAUUCUUUGAAAGCAAAAGGCAUCCUAAAGGUGGCAUAAACGUGCAGUUAGAAAACAGGGAGCCGUCAGCGAAGCUAACGGGUGAACACGAGGGCAAGCUGCUAGUCAUGACGUAUCCGUGGGAUGGAAACGCGCACCCUGGCAACGAAUUUUGGUUGGGCAGCCUGUCGGGGUCGGGCGACCCGGCGGCCGCGUGCUCCACGCAAGUGUCGGAGCUGCACAACGCGCACGUCAACCCGCGCGUGUCCGCAAAUAACGCACGAAUCGCAUGCAGAUUUGGAGUUCCAUCGCUCGCUCAGUACUGCGACGCGCUGUCACACUAGAGGUAAGGUUAGAUACACUACCGCUCAUAACUAUUUAGGCACUCGUAAUUUUUUCCGUACAAUUGUAUACAAAAUCGACUUUCAGAAUUAUACCGCUUAGUCGCAGUCGGGUAACAGUUUUUUGUGCAGUUUACUUUUUUUAAUUUAACAGACAUAUCGAGCUUCAAAAUGAUGUGCAGAAUAUUCGUGUACAUUGCCUAUUUACCAAAUGGCAAGCGUAAAAAAAUCCAUAAAUCGUUUUCCUGUAAUCGAUCGUUUUAUUUUGUAUGAACUAGUACAUAAGGGUUUUUUAAAUCGUUACAUAAAGUAAACUCGCAAUUUUAAAGGAUGUCUUUGGCAACAAUUUGAGGCUCAAUAUAUUUACCUAAAUAAAAAUUCAAUCCAACAUGUAAGAGAGUCAUUUGCUUGCGAUCGAACAGUAUGAUUUUGAAAAUAAUUUUUGUAUACAAUUGUAUGGUGAACAUUGCGGGUGCGUAAAUACUUUUGAGCGGUAGUGUAGGGUAAAAUACACAUUGGGGCUAAAGAAACACUAAUGGCGUUAUUCAUGAACCCGUUACUGGCCUGAAUUAGCUAUGAAAUGUUUGUCUUUAUCUGUCACUUUGACUUAUGUAUUUGUAGGAAAGGGAUAAAACAUAAUUUAACUAAAUCACGCCCGUAAAGUUUUAUGAAUAAGGGGGUUAUUGUAUAAUUAUCAUACUGUUUCUCUUGCCCCAAUAAACUAGGUUCCUUUUACCUGACAUGACCUUAUUUUGUUAUAGUAUAAACUGUUUUAAACGAUUUGUAUAGUCGGCAGCAGAAAUUUAAGCGAGCUAGGUGUUAGAAUAUUACACACCUUUGGGGGUUACUUAUAACCGUGAUCUCUCCUAAGCGUGAGUUGAUUUGAUCAUUUUAAAUGCGUUGCUCGCUUAACAAGUUUUGUUACUGACUAUAAUGACGCCUUCGUAUUACUUUCAAAUAUCUGUUUCAGUUUUUA